CUGGUUGUUUGUUCAUAACGCGAGUAUCUCUCGACUGGUGAGCGCACAACUUUUUGUUUGUUCCGUUCGACUCUCUAACUCAUCGAUAUAUAUAUAUUAUUAUAAAAAAAAAGAAAGUAUACAAAACCUUAAGAAUUAUUCCUCGCAAAACAGUUACACAAAUUUAUUUGUUUCUGCGUAGUAAGAAUUUCUAAACAAAAAACAAAGUUAAACGAUAACAGCUGCAAUUCAGUUUUUGUGUUUUCAUUUUCAAAUGAAAAUUAUUUUUAGUUUUCAACGCAUUAUCCAAACUUCGCUUAUCAAAAAGAAGGAAAAUUAGUGUUUUUGCACUUGAAUAAGCGAAAAAAGAGAACCAAUUUUUCUACGGUUGAGUUUGUGUUUUUUUAGUGUAACAAAAACUGGUUUAAACAAACUCGAAGACAUUUCGCCAAAUCAACACAAAGACUAAUAGGAUCAAGUGAUGGUGAAUUCAUUGAAAGAAAAAAAUCUGCGCUCAGGAAAUCAACAAAAAAGCAUGAUUUAAUCCAACAGAUUUUGGAUAAAGGAUUUCUGCGAAAAAAAAUGUGUGUUUAGUGUAAAUUAAAAAUCACUGAGUUUUUUCUUUCUUCAACCCGGCGAAAUAAAAAUAAUUAGACAGACAAAGUGGAACCAACGCUUGAAGAACAAAGUCAUAGCAAUUAGACUAGACGAAAAGAAAAGAGAAAAAAAGCGAAAUUUUUCCAAAAAUUAAAACAAAUUUGUUGAAGUGAUUUCAUCGAAAAGUUUGUCAAGCUGUUCGCGCAUAGGGAAGUAGACGAUAUGUUGACGAUGGAGUCUGAUAUGAAAGGUGGCAUUUUACAUGCGACAAUGCCACCGCAUCAUCCAUCAUCGUUGCACAGUCACUCAUCAUCGCCAUACGGCGCAUUAGGGUCGUUGAGCAUGAUGAACAUUGGCCAAUCACAAUUAUCACAAUCGCAACUAUCGCAUCAGUAUCAACACAACAACACUAGUUCAAAUAUGUUAAAUCUUGCAUCGCAACAUCAUUCACAAGCCCAUAAUGCUCAUACAUCGCCGUUGCAUUCACAACAAGCUGGCCUCAGCCCGGUCAGUUCGCAGCAAACGCAACAACAACAACAACAACAACAGCAGCAGCAACAAACACAAAAUCAAACCUCGCUCGGUGGACAUCACAUCACAUCAUCAGCUCAAAAUCAUCCACAUGGCCUUACAUCCAACAACAACAAUAAUACAAGCAACAAAAAUCAAAAUAUCGAUCGUGUGAAACGGCCGAUGAACGCAUUUAUGGUAUGGUCACGUGGACAACGUCGCAAGAUGGCAUCAGACAAUCCAAAAAUGCAUAAUUCCGAGAUUUCAAAGCGAUUAGGCGCCCAAUGGAAGGAUCUGUCGGAAAGUGAGAAACGUCCAUUCAUCGAUGAAGCGAAACGUUUGCGUGCCGUUCACAUGAAAGAUCAUCCAGACUACAAAUACCGACCACGUCGCAAAACAAAGACCCUCACCAAAAGCAAAGACAAGUAUCCACUUGGCGUUGGUUCACUGCUUCAAUCAUCCGAUCCAAAUGGCAUUCGCAAUUCCAACUCAAUAUCGGCGGCUGCUGCUGCCCAACAGGCCGCCAAUCGUGACAUGUACCAAAUCCCACCAAAUGGUUACAUGCCAAACGGUUACAUGAUGCACGAUCCAUCGUCAUACCAAAAUCAACAUCACAAUGCGUACAUAAGCAAUUAUCAUGGAUACGAUAUGAGCCGAAUGCACGGUGCAACGGCCGGCACAUUGAAUUCAUACAUGAACGCAACCGGUUAUGGAAUGUAUGGUACCGUGUCGGGCGGUCAAACAUCACCCUAUGGCAGUGUUGGUCAACAGCCCAGUUCACCGUACAGCAAUGUACAACAGCAGCCAAGCUCACCGUACGGUGGCAUCAAUCAGCCCGGUUCCCAAUUAUCGUGCCAAAGUCACAGUCCAAGUGAUUCUAGUGUAAAAUCAGAACCAGUUUCACCGAGUCCAAUGCACGAUAUGCGCAACAAUUCAGCCGCUGCCGCUGCUGCCGCCGCCGUCGCUACAAACAAUAAUCUCAUGAAACGUGAAUAUCAGCAUCCGAGCUCGGGCGACGGUCUCAACAACAUUAUCAAUAUGUAUCAUUUACCUGAAUCAAUGCAAACGGCCGAUCAUCAUCGAAAUUUAAUGCACUACCAAAAUAGCCUAUCGCCCGAUUUGCAUCAAAACCAAUUGCGGCAAAUGGCACCGUUGCCAAACAUGUGAGAUUCAAACAAUGAUCGCAGUUUUCAACCGCAGUCAUCGAUCUAUGAAAAUAAUUUAAUUUGGUAGAAAUACAGAUAAAAAUGAAACAAAAAAACACACAAAGCGUAGGUAUUAUGAGAGUAAAUAAUUGUGACAUGAUUUCAAGUAAUGACAGAAACAAAAACAAAAA